GCUUUACUCGAUGCUGUAGCGCUUGGUCAAACAAAAAUGGCCAGGCGCUGGUGUGUGUUAGAUCUAUUUAUCAAAGCAAAGUCAAUACAACCUAUACAUAAUUUCCACUACCGCCAGUUUUACAUACGUGUUGUUCAACAGUAAAUUCAUAGCUGGUUAUAUUAUUGUUGCAACAAUGGACACUACAAAACAAGCGCGCCUGGACAACUGGGCCAUGUUUGUCAUGUCGCGCCUGCAAGUCUUCUUUAACACUACUGACUACUGUGACCUCACUCUCCAAUUUGAGGGUAAUGUCCAACUGAAAGUACACAGAGUAAUCAUGAAUGCCUGCACUGAGUACUUCAGGCUCUUAGAGCAAGAGUGUGACAUGGAUGGUGAUGUUCUUAUCAUGCCCCCAGAUCUGCAGGCAGAUGUAAUUCUUCCAAUUGUGAAUUUUAUGUAUACUGGUGUGUUAGAAUACCAACACAGCAUUUUUGAGCGCCUCUAUCAGACUGCAGAAUUGAUGAAUAUGACAGUUCUGUUGAAGUUCCUAGAUGCACAGAGGACCAAGGUGAAAAUUUCUAGGACCCAUCACCAACUGCAACAGCCCAAGAGAAUGAUAAAAUCUGAAAAAACAUCUCUCCCUCUACUUGGCCGGAAAUUGCCCAUCUGGAAGCGAAAAAAUGCGCCAGUGCCCGUGCAAAUUAAUCCUGUAAAACCCUACUCACCAGAAACAAGGACCAGUAUUUCCUCAGACAAUUCGCGGUUUGAUAACGCACCAAAACCAACACGAUUUGAGUGGCCUGAUGAUGAUAUGCAUGAUAUAAAACCGUUUGAUCUGAUGCCAUUGGAUAGCUCAUUUGAUAGCAUAAGCUAUUCUAGUAAACCACUCUUGACACAAGAGGAAGAAAUGAGAUCUACGUCUAACUCGACUGUUUUCGAUGACUUGCGGCAACUUCCAGGUGGUAAGAUAACGAAGAAAACAGCGGAGCCGAAAGAGAAAGAAGCCUACAAUUCGAAUUCUUCAGUUGACAUGGAAGAUUUGAAGAGUUAUGUCAAAGAACAGAAGAUACGCUCGGGAUUGGCCGACUAUGAGGAGGAAGAUGAUCCAGAUGAUCCCGAUUAUGUCGUGGAGAGCGUUGAUAGAAAGAGAAAAACAGUGCUGUCUCCCGUAACAGCGAAGAAAGCAAAAGUUUCCAGCGAGAAAGAGAACAUUGUCGAGGUACGCGCAUCAUCAACGAAAGUAGACCAUUCAAAAAUAAUCAGCGAAGUUUUCAAAAAGUAUCCACACCUUGUACAAAAGAACAAAAACAUCCGGCUAAAAAUCCUCGCUAAAAAAGGUGAAGACAAACCGGUAGAGAAAGAAAAACCUAAAAUUAAAACGUUUGCCACAGCUGCAAAUAUUCAAACGAAAAAAAUUAUCAAACCUCUAUCUUCACAAACCGACGCAGAAUCUUCGAAAAAGAAUCGCGCAGCUGAACAAACCUGGGAAUGCACGACUUGUACGAACAACGGCGAACCCGUCGAGUUUGUUUUAUAUUAUUUAUAUCGCAAGCAUAUGACCGACGCACAUCAUAAACAAUUUGAUGCACGUGAGUGCAAACACUGCGGUGAGAUGUACGAAUUACCAAUGCAGAUGACUUACCACAUGUAUAUGGCGCACGCCGUUGUGCCGCCUAGGAGUGUCAACUUCCCCAAAUGCACACGUUGCUCGUACGUCGCCUUUGAUAAAGACAUCAUGUCCAAGCAUUUGAAUUUCCAUUCAAUGCAUAUUCAUCAUGCACAAUGUGCCAAUUGUAAAUUAGGUUUUACAAACGGUCAAACUCUUAAGGCUCAUAUGCAGCUAGCUGGUCACAAUAGUAAGAACAGUCUGAGUUUUGACUGCCAGUAUUGCACACGACAAUUGAAUUCUGCGGCCGCGUUGUUUGUGCAUUGCAAGACAACUCAUGUUGAUGACGCGAAAAGGGAUGGCAUGUUGAGUCUGGAUGAUGAACACCUAAAGACAGAAUUGGAGGAGACUGAAAAACCUGCAGAAAAAUUGUCUACGGAGCAAAUUGAGGAUGGAAAUAUUGACACGUCUUUAGGGCCGUUUGAUAUAGUUGUCUUGGAUGAUCAGCAACAGUUUAUUCUACAAAGCGGUCAGGAAACUUCAACGGAGAUUUCAAAUCAACAGAAUUAUAUGACAUUGCCUACUCUCCAAGAUCAGACGUAUAAUAUUGGUCAAACUGAUAUUGGCUCUACUGAUGAGUUGGUGAUGGUUUUGACUGAUCAUGAUUACAAUGAUGGAAAUGAUGAUGUUAACAAUGAUAACUCGAAUAUUGUUGUGUUAUACAGCCAUCCAGUAGAUGGACAGCAGAAUCAGUAUAUUACUAGCCAGGGGAAUAUUAUGUUGAAUUCGGAGACGGGCAUGUUGGAGAUUCAUAAUGAUGGCUUACCCAUUUCUACGCAGGGUGAGAGCAUAGAGAUGAUUCAGAAGGAAAUACAAAGUCAUUCGCUUGCGGCUAUAUCGAAUGUUACAACUACAACGGAAGCGCAGAAAGUUACGACUGAAAGUGCAACGAUGAGAGUACAGCCUGAGCAUCAAAUCCUGGAGGAUAAGGAUGUAUCUGAGGAUAACAGUGACAAAAAGGUCAUUGCGGUUGAAGAGGAAGGCACUGGCAAGUUGAUUAAUACUAUCGAGGAAAUUGAGCCGGAUACAACGGAUUUUGGGGCGCAACACAUCCCUGAUGUUAAUCAACCAGAGCCUGAACCUAUGGAUAUUGAUGAUGACACUAAACCAACUAGCAUUUUGGAAACACCACAAGAAAUAAUCACUCAAGAGCAACUUCCUGGAGUUGAUGAAUGUUCGGAAUUGAUCACAAGAACGACUGAAUCUUCGCAAGAAACUACUCCUGCUCAACCGGAGGAAAGUUCGAAGGAAAAAAUUAUUUUGACCGAAGAGAUCAUUGAAAAAGAAGAGAUACCUACGGUAGCUGAAGACGUGCCCACAUCUUCUCUGACGUCAAUUCAACCACCUGCCGAAACUGAAGUUCCCCAAGAUUUGUUAGAACCUACAGAAAUUUCAGCAAAUGAAACCAAUAAAACAACACAAGAGCAGCUUGCAGUGUCAUCUGAUGUUGAUUUGUCUUUAGAGAUAAGUGCUGAUUCAGCAAACGAAUUGUUGCAGCAGUCCACACAGAACGACGAUGACGAAUACACAACAUCAGCAUCUUUAUCAGUUUCUGAACACUGUCCUGACGAACCAAUGGAGGUCGAUGGUUUAGUUUCAAGUGAAACCACAACACCAAAGGUAGAUAAAGUAUUGAAAACUGAUGAAAAAGAAGUUGAAGAAACUGUACCUGCAACAACAGAAGCUGAUAUCGGUUUAACAGAAAUUAACGGCGAGGAAGGUAAAGGUGUUGAAAAAAAUGUAGAAACAUCUGAAGACGUUGUCGAUGGGCUCGAAAAAGAUGAUAAUCAUGAAGAUACUACACUUGUUGAAGAUAUUCCUAAACCGACAGAUGUACUUGACGCUUUGCCGAAUUUGCCGAAAGAGGACUCAAGUAAAGAAGUAGAACAAGAAGCGGCAGAAGGUACCGAUGUAUUGAUCGAAGGAAAAUCAACAUUGUCCACUGUAUCGACUGUUGAUGAGAUCGGAUCGAUCCCGGAAUCCAUUGAAGAACCUCCGAUUGACGAUGACAUUGAAACCGCACAUCCGGCACAGGUUUUACCACAGGAUCCAACCACGACUGAUGAACUCUCGCUGAAAACACUUGAUACACCCACGACGAAGGAAAUCAAAGAUAAAACUGCAGGAAUUUCCACCUUGUUGAACGAUUGGGAGGACACGGAUUCGCAGACAUCUGAACAGGGUAAGGGAACUACCGUAAACAAGCUGAUUAACGAUUGGGACGACGAGUAGUUGUCUUAAAAUCAAAAUUUGAAAAAAUUAAAGUCUUUUUAUAUUACGAUAUAAUGUGCGCUCCUCCUAUUAAUCUUGUGAAUUUAUUUGUUUCGACUGUGCAAACAAUUGAGCAUAAGAUGUAAUUAACUGAUCAAUUUUAUUUGCAAUCUUUAUUUUCUUCAAAUGCAAAUGAAGACAUUUUCUUGAUAUCGGUCGAACAUUUUACUUAAGAAAUUUAUUAUGCUUUGACUUUAUAUUACUGUUUUGAUUAGAUAACUAAUUUUUACAAUUUGGAAAAUUGAACAUAAUUUAUAGUUUGAAUACUGAUAAAUUUGUAAAUAGAUCAACGCAUUCACUCUUUUUACUUGAUUUAUUUUAUGUGAACUAGAUUUCUAUAUAAAGAUAAAAAUGUGGUAUAUGAAGAAAUGUGCGAAACAAUAGUUGUAAUGGAAAAAAUUGUAGUAAGGCAGAAUAUAAGUCUACAAAAUA